GAAAUAUUAAAAAGUGAAAAAAAAAGAGAAAAAUAAACUUGUUUGAUUUGGUCAGAAGUAUUUUCAUUUUAGCCAAAUAAAUGUUACCGUCUAGGAGGCAUCACAAGGAGUGUGACCAAGACCAGUUCAACUAGAAGAAGUUGUGUAGCUGAUGUCAUUAUCUAGCAAAGUCAGAAGAUAGGAAACUUCCCUAGGGUCAACUCUUAUGUUUGUUAGUUAGUACCCCCCAAACAUUCUGAGAAAAUUAGGGGGGAUGGCAGGAGCAAUACAAUUUCUUAGCUUAUGGAUGUUAGCUUCAGUCCAUGCGAUCUCUAUGGUGUUAGCUCAAGAUGGUAAUCACUUUGUGCAUUACGACUUCAGGAAAGCAGAUCUAUACGUAGAUGGAAUGGCAAGUACCAAAGAUGGCAGACUAAAACUUACUAAUAGCUCAAAGAGAGCCACUGGGCACGCCUUCCACAGAACGCCAAUAGCUUUCGUUAACUCUUCAUUUUCUUUCUCCACCGAGUUCGUGUUCGCGAUCGUUCCAGAAGAGCGCACCAGCUACGGCCAAGGAAUGGCUUUCGUUGUCUUUCCCAGCAUCGUUGACCUAAGGUAUGGCGCAUCAACAUCUUAUCUAGGGAUAUUCAAUAUGACGAAUGAUAACAAAACCGAGAAUCAUAUACUUGCCAUAGAGCUUGACACUAAUAUAAGCUCUCAAGCCCUUGAAGAAAGUGAUAACCAUGUAGGGAUAGACGUCAACAGUAUAGUAUCGGUCGAAUAUAAGGACGCUAGUUACUUCGACGACACGGUAGGGAUGAACAGGAGCCUGGUGCUCGCUAGCAAGCAAAGAAUUCGUAUUUGGAUUGAAUAUGAUGGAGAGAAUAGAUUGCUCAAUGUGACUCUUGCUCCCCUCGAGACCCCAAAACCAAGAUUGCCUCUUCUGUCAAGAUCUAUAGACCUUUCCAAAAUCUUCAAGGAGCAAAUGUUUUUCGGUUUCGCUGGGAGUACGGGUACGAUCAGAAGUCAUCAAUAUAUUCUUGGUUGGUCAUUGGCGAUAGGCGGAAAAGCGCAAAGCCUUGACAUUUCUCAAGUUAUGGAUCUCCCUCGACCGCCACGUAAUCACUUACCGCUUAUACUCGCGGUUGCAUCAGUAGUUGCUUUCCUGAUAGUAGCAGGCGGAAUAGGGUACCUUUACCAACGGAAUAGGUAUGCGGAAGUGUUUGAACAAUGGGAAUUACAAUACAGCCCCCAGAGAUUCUCCUUCAGAACCCUCUACAAAGCAACCAAAGGUUUCAAGGAGAAUAGAGUGCUUGGAGCUGGAGGUUUCGGCAAGGUUUACAGAGGAGAGCUUCUCGAUGGCACUGGAAUCGCGGUUAAGAGAGUCUCCCACGGUGCAGAACAAGGAAUGCAAGAGUACGUUGCGGAAAUCGCUACUAUGGGAAGGCUAGCACACAGGAACUUGGUGCAGCUACGCGGUUACUGCAGGAGAAAAGGCGAAUUGCUUUUGGUCUACGAGUACAUGGUUAAUGGAAGUCUUGCUGAUCGCUUGUUCGAUGGCGACAAUCUCAGCUGGUCUCAAAGAGUUCAUAUUGUGAAAGGAGUAUCUUCUUGCCUUCAUUAUUUACAUGAAGGUUGGGGGAAAGUUGUAUUGCAUAGAGAUAUAAAAGCUAGCAACAUUCUCCUGGACGAAGAUUUAAACGGGAAACUCGGAGAUUUUGGGCUUGCUAUAUUCCAUGAUCGUGGCGCGACUUUUGAAGCCACGCGCGUUGUAGGAACCAUUGGUUAUAUGGCUCCAGAGGUUACCGCAAUGGGCGUGGCGAACGAGGCGACUGAUAUCUAUGCUUUUGGAGUACUCAUGCUUGAGGUGGUCUGCGGGAGGAGGCCAAUAGAGCCAGAAAGGUCUCCCGGGCAGAAGAUUUUGGUUGAAUGGGUUGCCAGUUGCGGGAGAAGAGGUGCUUUACUAGAUACCGUUGACUCUAAACUAGCAGGAAAUUUUGAGGCUGAAGAAGCUAUGCUGCUUUUGAAGUUAGGCAUGAUCUGUUCACAGAUUGACCCACAAAAGAGACCUACUAUGAAAGAUAUAACAGAGUAUCUUGAACAAAAGAAACGUAUCCCACACAUUUCGUUUGAUACAGCUGCGUUUGGGAUACCCAUUGUACCCAUAAUAAGCGAUGAAACAGUAACAGCACAAGGAUCUGCUCUGUCGUUUGCUAGUUUCUUAUAUGACACCAUUACAGUGUUAUUUAGAGGUCGUUGAAACCUGCAUCAUGGGUUGGUAAACAUACUAGAAAACAUGUUCUUAUGUGUGUUUAUAAUAGUGUUAAGUGUGCAAAUAAAUAGUGAAGAAAGGAUGACUAUGUCUACAAUCUUCUCAAAUGUAUGAAAAUUUACAGUAUGUAUAUAUAUGAACUGCAUCAUUGCAAAAAAAAAAAAGUGAAAGAAAGAUUAUGUUUUUAUAUAAAAAUCUAUGUAUUUUAAAAUUAUGGAUUAGAGACAACCAUCUAAAUUCUUUUU